GUUUCUCCCUGUUCCAUUCCCAGAACACAAUUCUUUUCAAAUAUUUUUAGCCAAGCCGCCAAAGUGGAGAGUGUUGUUGCACCAGGGGGUCCUUCUCAUUUCAGAGUAAGGGGAGGAGGUGGGGGUGCACCUCAGCACUUUCCCAAGGCUGAAAGCAAAAGCGAGUUCCUGGGGAAACCCCCAGGUUCUGUCGCUCAGAGAUGGAUACCUUCACGAAGCACUAGAGAAACCAGUUUCUCCGGUGAGAAAGGGCAACACGAUGCAAUCUUCAGAAAAGUGAGAGGCAUACUUAACAAGCUGACACCUGAGAAGUUUGACAAACUGUGCCUGGAGCUUCUCAAUGUGGGUGUAGAUUCAAAGCUUGUUCUGAAAGGAAUCAUUUUGUUGAUUGUCGACAAAGCCCUUGAAGAACCCAAGUACAGCCAGUUAUACGCUCAGCUAUGUCUACGCCUGGCCGAAGAUGCACCAAACUUUGAAGAUCCAGCAAAUGAAACUCCUGCGACAAAAAAGCAGAAUACAACCUUCAGGAGACUUCUAAUUUCCAAGCUUCAAGAUGAGUUUGAAAAUCGUGCCAGAAAUGUUGAAGUCUUUGACAAACACGAUUGCCCUCUUACUUCUGAGGAGGAGGAACAGCGUGCUAUUGCGAAGAUUAAAAUGCUCGGCAACAUCAAAUUCAUUGGGGAACUUGGGAAACUCCACCUCAUCCAUGAAUCCAUCCUCCAUAAAUGCAUCAAGACACUUCUGGAAAAAAAGAAGAGAGUUCAACUUAAGGAUAUGGGGGAAGACCUGGAAUGCCUCUGUCAGAUAAUGAAGACUGUUGGCCCUAAACUUGAUCAUGAAAAGGCUAGGUCCUUGAUGAAUCAGUACUUCGGCCGCAUGCAGGCUUUGACCAGCAACAAAGAAUUACCUGCCAGGAUUCGCUUCCUGCUGCAGAACACAGUGGAGCUACGUGAAAACAACUGGGUGCCACGUAAAGCCUAUGUUGACAAUGGGCCAAAGACGAUCAAUCAAGUUCGUCAGGAUGCAGUAAAAGACCUGGGUGUCUUUAUUCCACCUUCAUCUGAUGGCUCGAGGAAUGACUUCUUUAUGGAUAAUUCAUUCCUGGAGAACCCUUUCCUUCAGGGCAGGCUAAGGUUUGACAAGGAGACACUUGGUGGGCUGGCUGAUAUGUUUGGACAAAUGCCUGGAAUCGGCAUUGGCACAGGUCCAGGAGUUAUUCAGGACCACUAUUCCCCUACAAUGGGGCGCCACCGCACAAACCCAUUCAACGGCCACAUUGCGAUGAGCAACGGCUCACAUCAGCCUCAGUUUGAUGCAGGAAGCAAGCCUUAUGUCAAGCCAAUGCAGGGGCAAAAUUCACCCGUUUUCAGCCAUAAGCAAAAUGGCUCGGUACAGAUGCAGUCAAAGGACAUGGGUCCACGUUUUUCCAAGAAGGGAAAGCUUAAUGCUGAUGAGAUCAGUCUGAGGCCAGCUCAGUCAUUCAUGUUAAACAAAAAAGUGCCGAAGCUGCAGCCACAGAUGACUAUGAUGCCUCCAAGUGCCCAAGGCUCUUUAAUGGGACAGUCGCCACAGCUUGGCCUAAAAACCAACCCGCCACCAAUCCAGGAAAAACCUGCAAAGCCCAACAAAAAACUGCCUCCGACUAAAGAAGAGCUGCAUAAAAUGACGGAGACUCUGGUUGCAGACUAUAUGAACAGCAAGAAUGUCAGCGAGGCACUAGCUGCUGUCAAGGAGAUGAGGGCCCCUAAACAUUUUAUGUCUGAGAUGCUGAACAAGAUUGUGGUGGAUUCGCUCAGUCGCUCAGAUGACGAUAAGGAACUUGCAAGCACUCUAGUUCAUGAACUCUGCACAGAGGGCCUUGUCACCAGCGAGAACCUUCUGCAGGCAUUUCUUAAUGUUCUGGACCAGAGCCCCCAGAUUGAAGAAGAAAUCCCGCUGGUUAAGUCCUACCUGGCUCAAUUUGCAGCUCGGGCCGUCGUCAUUGACUUGAUCAGCAUUACAGAUUUGGCCCACCGCCUGGAGAACGGUGCCUGUUUCCCGCUGUUCCUGCUCUGUCUGCAGCAGAUGGCUAAACUCAAGGACCGUGAGUGGCUGACAGAUCUGUUUCAGAAGAGCAAGAUCAACAUGCAGAAGAUGCUACCUGAAAUGGACCAGAGCAAGGACAGAAUGCUGGAGAUCCUCGAGGGCAAAGGCCUUGGCUUUCUGUUUCCACUGAUGAAGCUUGAGAAGGAGCUUCUGAAACAGAUUAAAGUGGAUCCAUCUCCACAGUCGAUCUACAAAUGGAUCAAGGAUAACAUCUCUGCCAAACUCCACAUCGACAAAGGCUUUGUUAACAUCCUCACAACCAGUUUCUUGCAGUACAUCACCUACGAGAUAAACCCCGAUGACGAUGAAGAGCAGCUGGCAGCGCCCAGCAAGGAGCAGCUGGAUGAGGAGAAGCAACUGCUGCUGUCUUUCAAACCAGUCAUGCAAAAGUUCCUGCACGAACACAUUGAGCUGCAAGUCAGUGCGCUCUAUGCGCUGCAGGUCCACUGUAAUGCUAAACACUUCCCCAAAGGCAUGCUCCUGCGCUUCUUUGCCUAUUUUUAUGACAUGGAAAUCAUCGAAGAAGAAGCCUUCCUGACAUGGAAAGAAGAUGUCACCCAAGAGUAUCCCGGAAAAGGGAAAGCCUUGUUUCAUGUGAAUCAGUGGCUCACCUGGCUGGAGACUGCAGAAGAGGAGGAGUCUGAGGAGGAAGAUUACUAAUUCGCUGGUUAAGAUGAUCCACGUGUUCGAAUGUGAUUUAUUCUUACUACUCGGGAGUCCUUUCCUCAGUCAGCAACACCACCACUGUUACAAAUCUUUUAUUAACCAGCGUCAAUAUGUUAUUUUUAUUUAAAGAUGUGAUUUUUUUUUAAUCAACUUGUAACAGUGUUGUAGGUGAUAUUUUGGUGGAUGUUGCAGUACACUCGGACCACCUGUUUCACAUCUGGUUGCAGUCAUCAAGUGCUGCUAUCACUUCACUUUCAGGCUGUUUACAAAUUGAGAACAUGCAUUGUAAAGAGACUCUCUUUUUAAAUGCACUUUGUUGCACAUUGUGAGUGGUUGCAAUAGUAUCAUACACCUUUUAAUUUUGAUAUAAAGAACAAUCCUGAUUUGCAGUUGUUAGCUGCUAUGAUUUUUUUUUUGUGCUUGACAGCUGAUUUGGAAGCUCUACUUUUCUGAUUGUGACAACAGGCGGCCAUUUUAAUGUGUCAUUUGAGUCACAAUUAGUUCUUGUAUGCAGGACAAGUUAUCAAAAGAGGAGCACUAGACAGCUGUUUUUAUUUUUAAUAAAUCUACAUAAUGCAUUGGUUUGCUCUUUAAAUAUCUGUAUGGGACGUUUAUCUUAUUUGAUUACCUGUUUUUUGACCGGUAUUUCCGUGUUUGACUUAAAUCAAGAGUAUGAACUUGUAUGUGCUGUAAAAGGAAUAUGUGUUGCCUUUUUUUUAAUUUCACUUUUUAUGAAUAUACCUCUUGUAUCUGACUAUACUUGAAGUGUUUUAUUAUAUUGAGACAGCCAAAGCUUAGUUUCCAGUUUGCCAUAUCAUCAGGUUUUUAAAGUGGUCUUUUUAAUCUACGUGCAUGUGACCGCCUGCGCUUUUCUUUAGGGUGUCGCUGUAAUGUCAACGGUUGAACGUGCAUCAACCUUUAAUAAAGUUCAUUUCAUGGUCA